UUACAUAAAACCAAUUGGGAUUACAUUUGUUUUAUUUUAAUGUAUAUAAUUGUGUAGAGUGAACGUUAAGGAACAUGAAUGAUAUUAAGCGUUUAAAGGAUCAACAACGUGAUAAACAUCCUGGGUUCGACUCUUAUCUUAAUUGCAUGACUAGAGCCUUAUUUACUGGCCUUGCUUCAUUUUGCUUAACAUUUUCUGGCUGUUACUUUACUCAAAAGGUUAUUCGCACAAAAAUUGUCUAUCCUCUCCAAUACAGCGUUUUGGUAUCUGCAAUAGUGGCUACCGGCGUAUCCUAUAAAACUACAACAACCAGAACGAAAGCCUGUCAAGCUGCUUGGAUGGCAGAGGAGGAUGCGCAUACUGUAUUGAAAGAAGAAAAUUACUAAAUAAAAGCCAAAAGCUCAUUACUUUUGUAAACAGAUUUUUUUAAAUAUAAUUUCCUGUUUGUCGUUA